AUGUUCAGGCAUUCCGAUUUUGGUCACUUUAGAAAAAUAUCAGAACACUUCAAUAGAUUCAAUGGAAUGUUGGUGCAUUGUAUGGUUCUUCAUCAUGUGGUUGAAAAGAAGAAGCGUGAGAUGUGCCGAACUAGAGAGGAAAGGGUACUUAAGAAACAGGCAGCAUUCUGCGCAAAAGUUCGUCAAAAUAAAAAGAUUUCUGCAGAAAAGCUAUUGGUGGUGGUAAGAGGGCCUAAGCUGACCAAAGAGGAAAAGCUGAAAUGUUGUCUUGUAUGGUUUGUGCACACAAUAUUGCUUGCCAAAGAUAUGUCAAAGGGUGUGGACCAUGACCUGAUAAAAAUGGCCGACGAUUUGGAGUUGUUCAAGAGCUAUCCUUGGGGAAAGGAAUCAUUUGAACUCACUCUGGACUACUUGAAGAACAAGAUAGACAUUCCCAAGCACCACCAAGUGCACGUGGAGAAAAGGCCUACAUCAUAUUCUCUCUAUGGCUUCCCCUGGGUCUGGGCAUAUGAAGAUUUUCCUGCACUUGGAAGGAAUGCUGGGAAAUCAGAGGAGGUUUCUUUCUCUAUUCCUAGGAUUCUUAGGUGGCACACCAAGAAAAUGGAGUGA